AACCAUUUUCCUUGCCUUGGAUAAAUUCUUCACUCUCACUUAAAGCACUUUCCUAGAAAUUUCCAUGAAACACACACACAUAAUUCCAGUGACUUUUCCAUCCCUUUAUUGGCAUUAUCAAGUCAAUCUAGAAUCUAAGUCAAUGAGUAUCAUCAUCAUCAUCAUCAUUCAUCCAUUUAUAGCAACUCCCUCACACCUUCAUCCCAACAUACUAGUGCUAUGUAAAAAACCAGUUUCAAGAAAAUCUUGAUCAUCUGAUUCCUCAACAGUUGAAACAGUAGUAGAAUCAAAACAAAAGUGUAAUAUAUAUUGCAAAGAAGAUGAUUGGAGGGAGACUAGGGGAGAAGAUAGGGUUGAGAGAGGAUGUGAUUCAAAGGGCUUGCAGGCUGUCCAUGAAAGCCCAUGAGAAGGCCCCUGGGAAGCCUUACAUCCAUGACAAAACCCGGGGCUCAACCGAUGUUUUCUUCGCCUUUGCCGGAUCAUGGUGUGUGGAUGAUUGGUACAGCAGGGAUCCCUUUGGGGAAGUUAAGGUUGAUGUGUCCAAGUUUCCAUGUAUUAGGAGUGUUGGCAAUGAAGAGAUAGGGUUGGUCAAUCAAGCUUUUGCCAGGAGGUUUGAUGGCCUAUUCACCAGAUCAUCACUUGCACCAGAGGUGGAGAAAGCUAUGUCUGAGAGGAAGCAAAUCGUCUUCACCGGGCAUUCCUUGGGCGGCGCAACAGCUAUUCUCGCAGCCAUUUGGUGCUUCGAGAAAUACAUAAGAUCCGAUCAUGCUCAGACGCCGCCUCUCUGUGUAACUUUCGGAUCACCUCUAGCCGGAAACCAUGUCUUCUCUCAUGCUCUGAGGCGCGAGAACUGGUCCCGUUGCUUCUUCCACUUCGUGAUGAGGCACGAUUUCGUGCCACGGAUGACCCUAGCUCCGCUCUCACACAUCCAGCCAUGGCUGCACGCAGUCCUCGAGUCCCUCAACCCGAAAUCACAGUUCCAACUGCAGGAUGCCUCUGCAGCAUCGGGUUUCCUGCUGUCGGUCAUGAGGAAUGCUCUGUCCGUGGCCAGCCAUGCCGCGUGCUACCUCAAGGGGUGCACCAGUUUACUGCUGGAGACCGUAGCAAGCAUAGUAGAGCUCAGUCCUUACCGGCCCUUCGGGACCUUCAUCUUCUGCCCCGGGAACGGGAAGCUCGUUGUGGUUGACAACCCGGAUGCCGUGCUGCAGCUGCUCUUCUUCUGCCUUCAGCUCAGCCCUGAGGAGGAAAACACAGAGUUUCUGCAUAAGAUGAUGAGAGACCAUUUCUUAUAUGAAAGUGAAUUGCAAGGAAGCCUAAAUAUGCAGGAUGUGACCUACCUGGACAACCUUGUAAAUGUCCCUUUAGAUGCUCAUGCCACUACCUCUUAUGCAGCUGCACUAAAUGAUCUUGGCCUUACGGCACAAGCACGACUGUGCCUUCGUGCUGCGGGGGAUUCGGAGAGGCAGAAGAUGGAGAACCAGAGGAGAAUAGACUCCAACAAAGACACCAUUAGAGAAGCAUUAAAAAAGAUACUUGAGUACAAGACUAGCUGCGAGAUUAGGAAGAUUGGUUACUAUGACACCUUCAAAAUGCAAAAAAACGAAACUGAUUUCAUUGCCAAUGUGAAGAGGCAGGAGCUGUCCGGGAUAUGGGACGAGAUUGUGGAGAUGAUCAAGAGGUAUGAGCUGCCCGACGGGUUCGAGGGCCGGAAGGAAUGGGUGGAGCUAGGGACCUUGUUCAGGCGGCUCAUGGAGCCGUUGGACAUCGCAAACUACUACAGGCACUUAAUGAACGAGGACACGGGGCCUUACAUGGUGAAGGCGAGGCCGAAGAGGUACAAGUUCACGCAGAAGUGGCGGGAGCAGGCAGAGAGGAUGGCAGCCGGGGGGAGCUCAGAGACGACAUUCUGGGCAGAAGUGGAGGAGUUGAGGGCGAAGCCGUAUGAUCAGGUUAGGGAUGAGGUGUUGAGAUUGGAGCAAGAUUUGUUUGCAUGGGUUAGUAAUGGAUGGAUGGGUAAAGAUGUUUUCUUGGAGGGUUCUACUUACACUAAGUGGUGGAAGACACUCCCUCUUGAACAUAGGUCAGGCUCUUGCAUAGCAGCCUUCAUAAAAAAUUGAAGUCUUUUUUUUGAAAAUCAUAGGUGGGGCUAAAUGCACCCCCAAAAUUUAUCAAUACCACCUCACUUGCUAAGAAAGUUUUAGCAGCUCUC